AUGGCGGAAGAGCACAGAUGCCAGGCACAGCGCCUCUGCGCGAACAACUGCGGCUUCUUCGGUAGCCCGGCGACGCAGGAUUUCUGCUCCAAGUGCUACCGAGAUCUGCAGCUCAAGGAGCAAGGCAAGCUCGCCUUGAACCAGACCCUGGCCACCUCCUCCUCCGCCGCUUCCUCGAUCCCAUCCCCGUCGUCCUCCGUUUCCGCGCCUUCCGUCGGGAGGGCGGCGGAGGCGGCCGUGGAGGUUGUUGGAUUGGAGAAGAAGGAUGCGGCUCCGGCGGUGGCGGCGGCGACGCAGGCGAACAGGUGCAGCGAGUGCAGGAAGCGCGUGGGGCUGACGGGGUUCAAGUGCAGGUGCGGGAUGGUGUUCUGCGGCGGCCACCGGUACCCGGAGAAGCACAGCUGCGGGUUCGAUUUCAAGAGCCUGGGGAAGGAGCAGAUCGCCAGGGCCAAUCCGGUCGUCAAGGGUGAGAAGCUCCACAAGAUCUGA